GGCGGCUCUGCGACUGCGGUUCCGGGAGCUCAGACCCUGCAGAGAGGACCAGGUGAAGCUCAGUCCUGGGGAUUGGUGACCCUGACUUUGGGUGUGGCCGGUGGAGUUUGCCUUUGAAGUGAGGUUCAGCUGAAGGAGGGAGCUGCCUGCCUGUCUGCCCUUUGUUCUCUUCCACCUGGAGGUGAUGAGUGUGGUGAGAAGGGGUUUAAAAAAAUCUGGUUCUCCUGAAGAAAUAGCCCCAUCCAGUCUAAUUUCAUAAUGUUUAAUAUUGUGACCUGUCGGGUUUUAAAUUCAGCCAGAAACAGCAUUACCGCCUUAAAAGGAAAAGGACGUCUAUAUUCAAGAUGUGUCCAAAACAGGAAUGAGUUGAAAGGGAAGGUUUUUUCUAAAGGACUAUUUAAAUCAACAGCAGUAGAUUGUGGACCACGCAGUAAUGGCUUUUUUCUGCAAAAAGCUUUCAGACACACUUCCACUGAAGAAGAUGACUUUCAUUUGCAGCUCACACCUGCCCAGAUAAGUGACGUCUUGAGAGCUGGUGAAUCAUCACAUAAAAUUCUUGAAUACAGGAGCAAACUUCCUAAUUCAGUGUUAAGGUUUGAAAGUAACCAGUUGGCUGCCAACUCUCCAGUUGAGGACCGUCGAAGUAUAGCAUCUUGCCUUCAAACUAAAGGAAUGAUGUUUGGUAUCUUUGAUGGGCAUGGGGGCCAUGCAUGUGCCCAGGCAGUGAGUGAAAGGCUCUUCUAUUAUGUUGCGGUGUCCUUGAUGUCUCAUCAAACCCUGGAGGUGAUGGAGGAUGCCAUGGAAAGUAUGAAACCUCUCCUGCCUAUCCUGCAGUGGCAUAAGCACCCGGGGGACAGUCUUUAUAGGGAAGUUACUUCUAUGCACUUUGACCAUCUCCGGGUCUAUUGGCAAGAGCUGCUUGACCUGCAUAUGGAAAUGGGACUUAGCAUAAAGGAAGCUUUAGCAUAUUCCUUCCAGAGAUUGGAUUCUGACAUCUCUCUGGAAAUUCAGGCUCCCUUGGAGGAUGAAAUGUUGAGAAACCUCUCCCUGCAGGUUGCAUUUUCUGGUGCAACAGCAUGUAUGGCUCAUGUUGAUGGGAUUCACUUACAUGUGGCGAAUGCCGGGGACUGUCGUGCUAUACUUGGGGUGCAGGAAGAAAACGGAGCAUGGUCUUCUCUGCCCCUUACCCGAGACCAUAAUGCCUGGAACAAAGCUGAGCUCGUAAGGCUAAAGAAGGAACACCCAGAAUCUGAGGAGAGAACUAUUAUUGUGGACGAUAGGCUCUUAGGUGUUCUCAUGCCUUCUAGGGCAUUUGGUGACGUCCAGUUAAAAUGGAGCAAAGAAUUGCAGCAAAGUGUUCUCCAGAGAGGUUUUAAUACUGAGGCUUUGAAUAUUUAUCGGUUUACCCCUCCUAACUACUACACACCACCUUAUUUGACUGCAGAACCAGAAAUCACUUACCACCAAUUGAGACGUAAGGAUAAGUUCCUUGUUAUGGCUUCUGAUGGACUGUGGGACUUGCUGGGUAAUGAUGAUGUGGUUAGGCUUGUUGUGGAGCACCUUGAGGAGUCUAGGAGGCAGAAACCUGAAUUGACUGAGAAACCGGCUAAUUUGGGCCUCAUGCAAAGCCUAUUACUCCGAAGAAAAGCUAAAGGCAUCCAUGCCCCUGACCAAAAUGCUGCCACUCGUCUAAUAAGGCAUGCCAUUGGAUGCAAUGAAUAUGGGGAGAUGGACCAGGAGAGGCUUUCUGCCAUGUUGACAUUGCCAGAUGAUGUAGCACGGAUGUACAGGGAUGAUAUCACAGUUACGGUGGUUUAUUUUAAUUCGGACUCAAUUGACAUGUUUUAUAAGGGGAGUGAGUAAGUUUCUACCCCUCUUCCCACCUAUUGCAAAGUUGAUUUAAAUGUUGGGAUAUAAAUUUUUUUAUUUAAGUUGUCUUAUUUGAACUUAACUGUUAGAAAUGGAAAGUGAUGUACAAAUGUCUGCUGAAAAUAUUUAACUUAAUAGAUUAGGCUAAAAUUGAAUAUACAAGUUAAAGACGGUGGUCUUAUUGUGUAUCUGUUUCUGUAAGCACAAAAGAAACCCAAUUUGAGGUCAGAGCAUAGCCUAGAUUAACAAAUAGGUGUAUUUUAAGAGUAUUUGAAUCGAGAAAAUCAUCCUGAAUAAUGCUUGGAGCUUGAGUUAUGUAAAAAAAAAAAAGCUUAAUUCUUGGUCACAUAAGAAUAAAAUAUACUAGUUUCUUUCCCUACGUUUCCAGGUUACUGUUGAACUCUUCAAGUAUAUAAAAAUUUAAAAGUCAGUUUGUUUAAAAAUUAAGUAUAACAUGGUCUUAGGUUAUAUCUCUGUACCUGUGAACUUGGUAAUUUUCAGUCCAGAUUCACUGUUAUAGGCUUAAUGGGCUGUGAAGGGAGUUUUCAAUAUUAGAUGCAUGAUUUACAAAGGCUACUAAAGGACCCCUGUUCUAUUCAAUAUUAAUAUUUAGACUAUUGUCCUUGUGAAUACAUUUUGUAAUGACAUGUUCUACUUAUUUUUUAGGCCCUAGAAAAUUGAAUAUAGAAACUUGCAAAUAGAUCUCUGCAUGUAUGCCUUAAAAUAUAAAGGGACAUCUAAUCCCACUUUUGCUAAGGGCUUCACGUCAAAGGCUCUUUAAAUACCUUUAUUUGUAGAACCUUUUCCCUACCCUGCCUCGCUUCUCCCCCAAGAGUAGAUAGUGGAAUAAUUAUGCAAGUGAAUUCUGACUCCAUCAUCCUGAUGUAGAUCUCCUAACUUCUGGUGGACUUAAAGAGGCAUAAUUUCCCCUGUUUUGGCCUGUCAAGAUCCAUCAAACUUAAUACUUCUUAGUGAGGCAGUCUUUCCCUGCCUUCAGCUAUCAGGGUUAUACAGCUUACCUCUUACUUUGACUGAACCUUCUCUUUGCUGUUGCUGACAACAUAAAGGGGACAUGAUGUGGAGGGGAAAAUAACUACAUUUUUGCUUUCUUCCUGAAUAGCACUUGAAGGAGGAAAUUGAGUGUUUGUAGAUAUGACUUGCUUUUCAGUUUUAUGGGGAGGAGCAGACUUUGUUAUGAAUGUAGGAUUUGAAUUGAGGAGUGAAAAUCAGACUUGUGGAAUUAGAAGCAGGAUGCAGAGGGCUGGGGUUGAGGUCAAUAGAAGACCUUUCAAACUCUUCCUCAAUGCUUUUUAGCCAUGUGGCUUUGAACAAGUCAUUUGACCUCUGGCUACCUCCUUUGGAAUCUGCUAAGUCAUAGAAGGUCCAGUCAUGGAAGGAGUUCCUAUGCUGAGAGUCCCCCAUAAGGAAAUCAUAGCUCCUUCACCUAUUCAAGUGUAUAGAAUUAAGAAGCACAAAGAAGGUGCUCUUUCAUCUCCAAAAGCCUAGAGAAUUCUAGGCCUCGGGAACUGGAAGGACCUGGAGACAGGAUCUGUUUCAGCCCCUUCAUUUUACAAAUAAGUGAGCUGAGGCCCAGAGCCAGGAAGUGACUUGCCUUAAGUCUAACAAGCUAGUGGCUGAGCUUGGUCCUAGGACACAAAUCAGGAGUAGUCCUGGGGACUGAUGGCCUGGAGUGGGGAGAAAAUAUGCAACCUAGUCUGCUUGCUUGGAGAUGGUCUUCAUCUGUAUGGAAUAGGCCACGUUAUCAAACAGCCACUAUCUUUAGAGACUAUCUAGUGCUGAGUGUAAAAAUUAGACCACUAAUUAAAAGGCAGUUUUUAAUUAGUGUCUGAGGUAAAGCUGUAUAUACUUUAUAUUUUGCCUGUAAGUCCUACCAUGAAAAACAUUCACUCUCUUUGGGGUGGUUUGACUUUUUUCAUUCCUCUUUAUGCUUUCCCUAUUCCCUCUCAUGGAAAUAGAAUUUUCUAGCAAGAGAUGUUUGGUGCAUCAACUGAGAAUGUGCCCACUGGAUGGGAACAAGGCUACCACCACUCAGCUGGCAGUGUCCUAGGCAUGAUCAGAAAUAGCUACUUGAGGGAUCUAAGAAGGACGAACUUGAACACUAAUUUUGAAGCCAAAGUUUUCUUCCCUCACUCUGGGGAGAAAAAUGCCCUAAAAGUAAAAAAUCUAAGUUAUAUAUCUUGGGCUUAAGUUUCACAUCCCUUUUGGGCCUUUAUUAGUGUAACUUGACACUGGCUUUUCCUAUUUAUUUGAUAUUUAUCAGAUUAAUGCACCCUUGGCAACUGAUAUUGUGGAUAAGUAGCAGUUAAGGGUUUGGACAAUUUGUUGUUCUCUUCCCUUUUCCACCCAUCACACUGCAAGACUGUUCAUGUUUAUGAGUGGCCUAUUUUAGUUUUAACAUGGAUUUGGUGCUGUGAAACUUAGUUCUGCAUCUAAUAUUUAUCAGAAAUAACUAGUAACUGGUCUUGGACACUCUUUUCACCUAGGCAAAUAAAUUUAAUCCCUGAUGCCCAUGAUAGCCUUAAAAUGUCAACUAGUGUGGCUUGCCUUAAUUUACUUUGUUCCAAGAUAUUGCUUGAGUCAAGGGAAUAUUAGUGUUGCUUCUGACUUCUCUGGUUUGACAAGAAAAUAAAUGUGAAUUGAGUGCUGCUAGUACUGAUAUACUCCAUGUAACUACCCUUUUUCCUUUUAGCUUGCUUAAAAAGCAGCAUUUUUGCAGGGGAUGGGGGAGAGUCUUUAAAAAUGUAUAUAUAAUUAUAAUCUUAGAUUGAGCCAUACUUGAACUUGAGUUUAGCACUUGGAAUUAUAAAUACAACAGUUUGUUGAGUAAUGUGAUGUCGAUAUCCGAAGAAUCCAGACUUCACUGCAAUAAUGCACUUUGCAGGCAGGGUGCCUGGAGAUCAUCUCUUCUGCUUCUGAGAAAUUCUCUCCCAUUUGGUACAUGUUGCAGACUUGGAUCUGGAAGGACCAACCAAAAGAGGUGGCUUGUACUCCAUUAUGGGGAUUGUUGUGAACCUUAUAUCCAACCUGCUAAAUGUCUGUAGAUGUCAAAAGAUUUCUUUUUGCUCUAGAACAGUGGAACCUUUUGGGUUAAAGAAUUGGAUCAUGUCUGUUAGAAAACUUCAGCCUGAUUGAACCAUGCACUCAGCUGCUGAUUUACCUUCUCUGGCAUGUCGGAACUGUUAUGGGAUGGGAGGUUAGCAAUAAAGUUCUUACCUAGGAGAGAAAUUAAAAUGUCUAAAGCGUAUUGGACUGUGUUUCUCACCUUUUUAAAUCUUUCAAGAUUAUCUUGUAUUUCAGUAGCGGUAAAGUAGGAUUCAAAUGGUAUUGAAAGUUUGUUUUCAUUUGGACAUAUUUUGCAAACAUAAUUUGGUGCUUAACAUUGUAUAUUCUUAAAAUUGCACAUGUAAAACUCAGGUAGUAUUUGCAAUAAUCCUUAGGAAUUGUUUUAUAUGCAAAUAAUUGUUUUCAUUGGUUACCAAUAAUGGUGAUAAGCUGAAAAUUUUGUCAGGGAUGAUUGUACUAAUUCAAUGUUCCAACUGUUAUGGCCAAUUAAGUUGCUCAGUAUUAGCUCUCCAAACAAGUUCUGUGAUGCUGCUGACCUAUAUGUAGAAGCACAUAACAUAUAAGCACGUUCUAAAUUACUUUUUCACAAAAUUUGGUAGGUUUAAAUUUAUCUUCCCUAGUGUUGAUUUAAAUGUAGAUGCUAAUGACUUUUCAUUAGCAAAUAUUAAAAUAUUAAAAAAAUGGAGUCUUUUCAUGACAAAGUUUUUUAGGACAAUCUUUCUGAAUAUGAGGAAAAAUUGAAUUACUACCCAGUGCAGUUUCCAGCCUUCUAGUCCUAUUAGUGGGAAGGUACCAUUGCUGAUAAUUUCUAGUCUUAUGGGAAACACACGAACAGUACAGCAUUAACUUAGCUAUUUUUUUUAGAAGUCCAGCUAGCUCCUGAUAUUUCCUCCUGGGUCACAAUAAAUCAGUCGAAAGUCCUUUGAAGCAUUGGUUUCAGGGAAAGCAAUAGCUGUUACAGGUCUCAUUCAGUAGGGAGAGAGAUGUCCUCAUCACUGUGAAAAUGAAAUGUCAUUUGACCAGAUGUACUGACUGACUAAUGAAGCACUUUCUAGUGAACUACAUAUCUUUAUCUCAAUUCCUCAGGCACCUGCCAGUUUAACUUGCCAUGGUGAAACCGUUGUCUUAUUUUGUUAAGAAUUUACUGUGUUGGAAGAAAUUAUUAACAGUGCUCUUUAAUAAUUUCUGAAAUUUGUAUUUGUUAUGUACAGAUGAUACAGAUGUUCAUAUGACACUGAUGUUUUUCUAACUUGCAGUUAUUUAAAUGAGCAACUUGUGAAUAAAGCAGCAAAACUAA